AUGGGCACUGAUUUUGGAAAAUCUGAUGCCACCAGUCUGUUCAAAAGGUUGAAAAACCUUAGGAACAGGCCACGUGGCGCUUUCUGGGCGUGCCGCGUUUCGGCGCUUGGGAGCGGGUCGAAGGCGGGUCGGAUCUCGUUCACGGAUCCGGGUCGCGGGUUUGGCACGCGGGUCACUGACCGGGUCGUGGGUCAUGGAUCCGGGUCGCGGGUCGCUUUGCGGGUAGGAUCUCGCCAAUCGGGCGAGGAAGACGCGUGCAGGCGCGUGUCGCCGUCACCGGAGUCUUGCCGGCGCAUGGGCAGAAUGGUGCUUACGUGGGAGGCGCGUGGGGGCUCUCCUGGUGUCCGUUUGAGACGUGGUUUUCACCGUUGGAAUCGUCUCGAGCUGAAUUGCACAAUGGGGAAAAAACUCGAAGAAGAUUGGUUGAGGUGCACCAAUCACAUUUGUGUGCGACUGUUCCUCGUCUUGCUGUCUCGCACUUGCCGUGUGCUAGUGGAAGACGCGGAAAAAACAAACUUGUGCUUGUACUGCCGACGAGUUGGGCCGGCAGGUGAACUUGAAGUUGACCGUCGGACAGAGGUGAAACGGCAUCUGGUUGGAAAAUUGGGGAUGAGGGGAGAGCAAGCAAAAGGAAAGAAUCACUCCAUUAAUAUAUACAUCCACACACCCACAUACACAUAUAUGCUGCCUGCGGAUGCCCAGAUCCGUGAUGAAGAAGAAGAAGAAGAAGAAGAAGAAGGAGAAGAAAAAUCCAAACAAGAAGAAAUCAAUCCCCUCUUAGUGCAUACAUCCAAUAUACCGUUUUUGCUUGAUGAUGGCUACUGUUGGCAAUGCUAUGAAAAAAGUGAAAAUCUUCGGGGAAAGGGAUGUAGCUAUUACAGGUGUUCAUUUUUGCCUAAAUGCCGAGCCAAAAAGCGAUUAAUACACUUGCUUAAUGAGAGGACUUUAAUUAUUUACCAGGGUGAGCAUAAUCAUCCUAAUGGAUCUUCAACAGAUGCUACACAAGAAGACAAUUCUUUGGACGAUGGUGAAGUUUCUGAUGAUGAAAAGGCAGAAACAAAGCCCCAACACGCUGUUGGUGACGCCUUUGAUGGAGAGAGUGCAGAAUUAAAGCAACAGGCAACUAUCGGAAGCCAAAAAUCGAUGACACUUUUUAAUCUAUUCGUAACUCUUUCAUCCAACCUCCGAUUUAGAUGAUUCAAGAUGCCAUAGAAAGAUAAGAAAAUUUUCUACAAUUUUCAUGUUUUGCAUUUUGCAAAAUAAUGGAUGCAUCAAGAUCGAAAUUAGACGUGAAGUUAGCAUAUGCCUUUUUAUGGAUUAUUUCGACAAUUCUUCGUAAUCUUGGCGUAACUUUCUCAUCCGAGCUCCGAUCGAACUGAUUCAAAAUUCUAGGAAAAUAUGAAAAAGAUUUCUACAUCUUUUGUGUUUUAAGCUUCGAGAGUUACGAGCUAUAAGAGCACCGAAAGUGGGCUUGAAAGAGGAGGGCAGUUCGUGUACCUUUAAAAAAAUAAGAAAAUAAAAAAAUAAAAAAAAUGAGAUGUGACCCAGCCAUGCAGCUGAGUCAUCUCAGAAGGGUGAGGCACUGGGUUUUU